UGGCAAUCAAUGGAAGGGCGGGACUUGGCUGAGUGCCCGCUGAAGGAGCUGCCCGCACUUGAGGUUGCAAUCAUGCACUCUGUUUUAAGGGCCUCUACUCUCCCCUCUAGCCGUUCCUUCUAGUCCUUCUUUCUUCUCCUCACCCUCAACACUGCUUCUUGUGGUCUAUUGUGUGUCUUUGUGCCACUUCAUUCCUUCUAUCAGCAAGCUACGCAUCGCUCCUUAUUGCGUCUUUGAUAGACUGCCUCUCUUUCGAAACAUCUGCUCGCUAGCAUAUCAAAAUCUGGACGAUUUUGCCGAGCCACAUCUACGCCUAGUGCCGUCAGUUACAUUCAUUCUUGAACAACACCCCAGUGGCGUCCGGAUAUUGGUCCCAUUCCGUUCCCAUCAACGUCAAUUCAUUCAUUCCUUUGACUUGAGCGCAAAGAUCAAAACUUUGCCCAAUCGGGGUUAACCACAACAAAGCUUCAACAAGACCCAGUCUGCUUUGCCGCGCGUCUGGACAAAGACAACCACUACAAGACUCUCUCUUGAACCUCGAACACCCCCGCGGGACUCGCAUCUCUCAGCUGGUAGUUUCAACCCAAGGAAAUCUUGACCACCAUGCUUUCCAAGAUGCAACUCUUUUCUUUGGCUUCGGCCUUCCUGGCCUCCGAGGCUGCAGCCCUCGUCGUCAACGCCCACCGCGUCAACCAUGCACACUACCACGACAAGAGGGACAUCGCUUACCAGCACACCGAGGUGGUCGUCCAAACCGUUUGGGAGACGGUCACUGUGUGGGACGACGACCUGCCUACUUCUUCUGUUUCUAUCUUCAAAAACGUGGCACCCACCACCACGAGCUCUAACUCCACCCUCUUGAGCUCCAGCUUCGGCUCUUCAUCCACUCUGACGACUGUUACUACGCCCGUGGCCUCGCCUCCCCCUCCGCCGGAGCCUACCCCGGCGCCUACUCUGGCCAGCCCUCCUGCGGAAGAGCCUGUCAAGGUCCAGGCCAUUGCUCCCGAGCAAAAGGCUCCUCAAGUAGCACCCCAGCCCCAGAUUCCCGCUCCCCAGGUGCCUUCUCCCCAGCCUACUCCUUCCCAGUCUCAAGCCGCUCCUGCUCCGGCUAAGUCAUCCUCGGCGCCUGUCGUCGACAACAGCAACUCGGGCUCGGGCUACUCGCAGCCCAGCGGCAGCAAGCGUGGUCUGGCUUACAACUUGGCAUCGCUCACCAGCCCCUUCAUGGGCAGCGGGUCCAAGGCCUCGUGGGCUUACAACUGGGGACAGACACCAGAUGGUCUCGAUACCACUAAGAUUGACUACGUUCCUAUGCUCUGGGGUCCCCAGCAAAUGCACACCAGCACCUGGAAGCAGAAUGCUGACUCUGCCAUCGCUGCGGGCGCCAAGUCCCUCCUCUCAUUCAACGAGUGCGAUAACAAGGGCCAGUGCAAUACUGAUCCGGCCUCGGCUGCCCAGGCUCACAUCCAGUUGAUGAACCCAUACGGCUCCAAGGCCGCCAUCUCAUCCCCCGCCAUCACCAACAGCAAUGUUCCGGGUGAGGGCAUCGACUGGCUCAAGUCCUGGGUCAAGGCGUGCAACGGCCAGUGCAAGUUCGAUUUCUGUGCCGCCCACUGGUACUCCCCCGCCGACCCUCAGAACCUGCUCUCGCACCUUGACGCUGUUCACGACGCCUGUGAGGGCAAGCCCGUCUGGCUGACCGAGUUCGCACCCAUCGAUGGUGACGCCGACACCUUCCUGACUGCCGUCAUGAAGGAGCUGGACAACAACCCCAAGUACAGCUACGUCCAGCGCUACUCGUUCUUCUUUGUCACCCUGCAGCCGCACUUCACCUCGGCGCGCAUGAUGAACACCGCCACCUCGCUCAGCUCUCUCGGACAGGCCUUUGCCUACUCUUGAGCCGCUUCGGCCUCCCAUUUUGAUAUUUCUUUUUCACCCUUCUUGCUCUUAUGAUACGAUAUACCCUUCUUCACAUUCGCUGUAACAACGCCUCUAGGGACACGGAACCUUUUUUUUCUUCUUUUUUUUCUGGGGGAAAAAUGGACAUUGGGGUGAAACACUUCUCUCGGCCAAUUUCUGUUUGAAUUUACUUUCUUUUGUACAUUUUUUGACCCACUUGGGGAAAGUGACGAUCUACUUUCACCAUUUUGUUUCUUUUAUUUUCUUCUCAACUUCGCUUACCGUGGCGUUGCACAUAUUGGGUUUGAGGCGGUCUCAAACUCGAUUUUUAGCUAUUUCCUUAGACCAGGCCAAAGCUAUAGAAAGGGGGCCUUUGCUUUUUGAGUCGUUGGGCGUUGCAAACAAGGCGCCCGGUUAGACCGAGGAAUACAAUGAUUUCCCC